AUGUACCCAGGAUUUAUAACCCCCGAUGGGCUCCCUCCUGACUCCAAUCCCCCAUCUGGCCCUCAAUAUCUUCCUGAGUUUAUUACAAGACGUCACCGAUCCCAUCCCUGGCCCCUCAGAGAUCGUUACGACCGACACCUCCCCAAUCGAACCGCAGAGGAGAGACGAGAGACCCAACGUCUUGAAGAUCAUCGCAGCCAAAUCCUCGCAUCCAUGGUUCCGUCUUCAUUCAACCACCUCGGAUCUCCUGGGCCAACUCUUCCACGCUCUGUUCGACAUCGCGCGGCCAAUCUGAGCGAGGGCGAGAUCAGUGUCCUCGAUCUUGGUCCCAGUCUGCAACCCAGUCUGGGAACUACUCCUACUCCCAUUUCACGAAUUCGUCACAAUGGAGGCUUGAUGAGUGAAAACCCCGCUCUAUACACUGCUCUUGCUAGCCUUGCGACAGACGAUGACGGAAAUGAACAGCGGCUGCGCACUGACGACCUGGAAUCUGAGGCUGUCAGCUCUGCCAGUGAAGUCUCCAACCCACACCCUCUCAGUCACCGCCAGCGCCGCCAAAAUAUCAUUAUUCCACGUUGCUCUGGACCAGUCAAUUUUGGUCCUCGAUCUGUUCGACAACUCCGUGACAGCCGCGUAGCUUCCUCCGGCGACGUUCAGAACCUCGGGCACGGUUACGGAUAUGGAUAUGGCUAUUCGAUGCAGGACAAUCACCUUUACUUUUCCGAUGAGUCCAACGGCCACAUCAUGGCCGGGUCAGUUCCACACUCUCCACGAUCGCCUCCUGCACCCCUUCGUCGUGUGCUCUACCCGGCGGACUAUUACAUUGUACUCGCCCCUGAACAGUCGAAUUUGCGCAACGUCGAGCAGGCAAAUGACCUGACUCCCGGAGACAGCUCCGUAAACCCUCUGGAUGUGGAUGAGCAACGUCGGCAGUCGGACACUAGUUGA